AUGCUCGCGGCGGCGAUGGCAGAGGUGCUAACCCUGCGGCCCCGAGUCCCUAUAGCUUUACUCGCUGCUCAUUUCCAAGGUUUGGUGUCGAACAGAUCUGCUGCGGCGAUUUCCUGUCUGCGCGUGUGUCACCCGAGCAGUCCGUCGUUCCCCUCUGCGGUUGAGAAGGUGUUCCAUGACCUGGCAGCGGUUGAAGCCACCACUUCCUCAUUAUCGAGCAGCAGCAGCACCGACAGUCUACCAUCGCGUUCGAACUCGACAGUCAAUCAAGGUUCUGCCCCCUCUCGAAAGGUGCGCGCUGGAGGACCCUCCACUAUUAGCGAGGCUUCGUUCCUGCAAAUACUGCAGCAGCUCAGUGUGGACUUCCCCAAGCACCUACAGACGCGAGUUAUCGAAGCCGCGCUCUCUCUGCCCAAUACUACGAGCUCCAAGGAGCCGACAAGUAGUCAAAUUGUGGGCCUUACGAGGUUUCAUCGAGGCGUACAAAUGUGCCUC